UGGGGCGGGGCUUACAUCGCGUUAACCAUGAACAAACAGCGCUCGGACCAGAUUCAGUCAUGGAGUCAAAUCUCGGGUUUAACUUAACCUGCCGUCGUAACACAGGUUAACCACCGAGUCACUGAAUUUACCCGGGUUAGCAGCUCAGCUCGCAUCGCGCCACAUACCCAGAACGCCUCGCGCGGCGUUACGUCACCUGGACCGAGAGGUGGAAUCGUCUCCAUCGAUUUUGUGACGGUGAGUUGUGAUGCGAGUGAAGAAGAGAGCAGCCAUCGGUGUUUCUGUGGAGGAAGCACACGGCUCACUGCUGUCAGUGAAGCUUCAGACCUGAACACUGUCUGUGUUUAUCUACAGGCUGUCUGUGAUUCAGGGCGAAGAUGAAGCUUAAUUCAUUAUCUGUGCUGUGUCUGUCGCUUAUUUUGUUUCACGCCCAUUCUUCACUGGCUAAGAGAGCAGGCGGCAGCUUUGGGAAAGGCUUCAGCUCCAAGAAGAUCCCAUCAUGGAACCGAGGCAACACUAAUACAGGCAACAAGAAUAAUCAGGGCUCCAGCUCGAGAGGUGGAUACCCCAAACAGUCUGGACAAAACAAUCAAGGAGGCCACCCGCCGCAGUCAGGCAGACCUGCGUAUCCGGGCAGUUACCCUCGGCAGCAGGGUGGAGUGGGGUAUCCAGCACAUGGCUCCCCGUAUGGAAGAGGUUAUGGAGGUUACGGAGGCUAUCCAGGUGGAUAUAUCAACCAAAACCCAAACAACAAAAUCCUGAGCCCUCACUAUGGAGGCAGCUUUGGAUACGGGGGCCACGGUGCGAGGGGCGGCUCUCCCUUUUCCCACUCAGUUCAGGGGAUGGGCGUUUAUCCCCAAGAUAGAUCCAGAGGGUUUGGGCGCAGUGCAGUGGUAGCAGCAGCUGGAGGCGCCAUGGCAGGAAUGGCCCUGGGCUACGGGCUGGGGAGGUUCCCUCGUCCUCACUUCCCCUUCCACAGCCCCCAGGAGGAGUACUACUACAACCACUACAUGUACAGGAGAUAUGGUGUCAGGUCUACUGAUGCCGAUGACUAUGGCAGAGACUACAGGUACAGCCAACCCCCUCAGACCUACGACAGCUUCAUGGACUCGUGCAUGAAGAGAACAGACAUUCUGCCGGUGGAGAAUCGAAAGCCAAAACUCAACCCGGCUGCCACAGCCACCACCACAGCUAAUUCCACAGUCACCACAACAGCUGCUGUCGUCACCUCAGCACCGGACACUGUCACAGAUAACAAGACGUCAGACACCAACAGCACCGCGGAGGACAACUCCUCGACCCCCUCACCUUCCACUCCUCACGCUCCUAAUCAGCCUGAAGCCCGUCCCGGGCCUCCAGCUUCACAGGCCGUCGGUGACGAUGAGGAGGAGGACGAUGACACAGUCAGCAUCAUGGAGAUCGGGUACCCGGCGCUGAUCAAGCAGGUGAAGGCCCGCAGGUGUUUGGAGCUGUACAUGAUUUACUCUGAAAGGUACAUGAAGAGAGAGACAGGAGGGGCGGAGGGACUGGAGAUGGGAUAUCGAGGGUCUUUAGCAGUGGUCACCAGUGCUUUACUGAUGCUACUGAACAGCAACAUGCUGACGCUGCUGCACUGAGGCCUUCAUUAGCGGGGGGGUGAUGGAGGAUGGAAAAUGAUUAAAAUUUUAAGUUCCAUGUUUGAAUUUCCAAAGUGAAUGUAAGAGGUUAGAUCAGAGAGCCACAGUUUAUUUUUUAUUUUUUUCAUUUUGAUAAUUUUGUCACAAUAUCAAGAAAUAAGUUCAAAUGUCCAACUGAAUAAGAGAUUUAAAAAAAAAGGUGCAUAUGCAGAAUAAAGUUGAAAUGUAGAUAAUAAACGUAUUCUUUUUUAUUUCAAGAUUAAAGUGGAACUUUUGAGAAUAUAUCAAACUACUAACGUCAGCACAUACGCCCCUAACAAGAGUUUAUUUCUCUUGUAGCUCAUAAACACUUGUGGUGAUCGGUGUUAAAAAAAUGUCUACUGCUGAAUUAGAUCCACUUAUUUUCAGCAUUUCAAAUUUACUCUUGAAAUGUCAAAGGAGGAAACAAUAUUCUUCCUCAUAUCUUUCUAACAGUGCUUUUUAACAUUAUUCAUAUAUUAAGUGAGGGGCCUCGGCCUCAGAGAAGCUCAGAUCUUUGUCUUAAUAUUUAUGAAUAUUUCCAACUUUUUCGUAUUUUUUCUAGAUAUACUUCCUUCCCUCCUUCUUGUCCUCUUCUUAUCUACCCACAACUUUUGCCUUUCUUUAGUGUCGUCUCACAUUUGUUGAAUGUAUUGUCACCAAGCUUGGAUAUCGAAAUAUGCACAGUAACUUUUCUAAUCAUGUAAAAUGAUUAAACAACUAUUUAUAUGUAUCGUGUGAAGUUCUAAUCACAAACAGUUCAUAGUAGAAUUUUCUAAUUUUCUAAAACAAGCAGGCAUCACAGAAAUUUAAAAAACUUUUCUUAAUAAGCAUUAUUCAAGAUUUUAAUGUGAACAUGGAUGAUUUUUAAGAACCUACAGUACAAAAACCAUAUAAGCUUUUACUGUGAUAUGUGGGUAAAUAAAUAUGAAUUUACUGGUCCAAUAAAAACCUAACACCUCUGUGUUGGAAUAAAUCCUGUUGUCACAUGGAACUUGUGAGUUUGACAUGACAGAGAGAAAAGAUGAGGCUGAAGGGAACAUCCACAUUUUGCUUAUGAGAAGAUUUCUCCUCCAUUUAAGAUUAUUCAGCCGAGAAGAAGCGGCACCAGUGACACCAGCCUUGGAUUUUUCUGUUAAAAUAAAAUCUCACGUCUCUCACUCACCAUCCUCUGGUAAUUCAUCACUAUAAUAACAAUAUACACAUUUUAGUUAAAACCGACAAACAGUGGAUGGGGACGAGUGGUGAAAAACUCCAGUGUAGCUUUAAUGUGUUGUUAAAUGUGUGUUAUCUUGUGUCUGGAUGUAAAAUCGCACAUGACGUGAAUGUCUUCUCACCCGUGAGAUGCACAUUAUGCUCGCCUGGUCAAAUAGACGUAUCUUUACUCACAAGCGUGAUAAUGAAAAAGCGUUUGAUGAGAUGCAUUUGAUGACUGAUGAACUCCUGUGAAACCAAAAGUGAAAUUGAGAUAAUCUGAGUAAAUUAGUUUUUUAACAGCUCAAGCUCAAAUUGCUUCACACUUGUUAACCAUAUCACAAAAUGACAUUUGGUGUUUAAUUCAUUUGUCUGAAUUGAUUUUCAAGGAAAGCUGAAGAAAGAAACAAUGUCAGUCUUUACUUAAUUAGUGUGUCUUCUCUUACUUAACUGUGUUUUUUACCCAUCAGUUGUGUCCCUGGUGCAGUUUAUGUUUCGUGUGCUUUUGUUUGGAAGUAAUUCAACAUGUUUAUUGAUGGGAAGGUAGAUUGGUUGUUUCUAAUAUGGUGUGAGCCCGAAAAAAUGGGGACGUAAAUAAUUCAAAAUAAAAACUUUCAAAGAAA